AUGUUACGUGAAUUUCAUCAAGAAAUUGAAGAAUAUCUUAAAAAAGAAUUUCCUACUUCAAAAGUUGAAAGUAAUGGUAAUGAUAAGAAUUGGACCGUUGCUAUCAGUAAUUUUAUUGAUGCUAGAAAAGCACUUUAUCCUAUACCAGAGGGUGAAGAUACACCUCUGAAUAAUUAA